AUGGUCCCUCCCGCGGCUUCGUCAAGCCGGGUGCUGCGCCCUCCGGCGGGAGUGCUGAAGUUUUUGAAGAGUUCGACUGCCAGGAGCGUUCAGGCAACUGGGAGCACUCGGAGUGGCCGAGCGCCGCCAGUCCCGACCCGUGCGCUCAAACCAGAGACCCGGGUCACAGGCAGAAACGUUGUUGCGCCCGUCGGCGCAGCUGGCGGCCAGUACAGGUGGGUGACAGUUGUGAUUCGAGAUUUCGACGGAGGAGUGCCAGACAAGGUGGGCGUGUUCGACAACUCGCUGCGGAUCGACAACGAGAGGACCAAGUGGAUCGGGAAUCUUUUGGUGAGGAAAGCCAAAAGCCUGAACAGUGCGGACUCGCUGAUGUUCACCUUCUCAGCGGAGCAGUUCAGGAAGGAGUUCGUGGCAGCAGGAAAGGCCCUGGGUGUCGAACAAUUACACCCAUACCAGCUUCGUCACGGGGGUGCGUCAGACGACUUGAGCAGUGGCCUUCGGGACCACAAUGCUGUGAAGUCAAGGGGCCGAUGGAAAACAGACCAGAGCGUCCGCCGCUAUGCCAAAAUCGGACGUGUUCAACAGCUUCUCACAAAGCUCACUCAGCACAGUCUCCAGUUCUGCCUCUGGUCGGAGCGCAACUUGGAGAAGGUGUUUGCAGGAGCGGUGCCAGCUCGUUUCCUUUGA